UCCUUUCUCGCCUUUAUAAACCCCGCUACAGCUUCUUCAUUCCAACAUAUCAAUCCAUUAGCAAAUCCACUUCUCCCAAAAAGCAAAAACAAAAGAUGGGCCUGUUUAGUUCAUCGUCAGCCAUGUUCGUGUUCUUGUUUUUCACCUUCACCUUAUCUUCAGCUUUGGACAUGUCAAUCGUGUCCUAUGAUCAAACCCAUCUAACUAAAUCAAGCUGGAGAACGGAUGAUGAGGUUAUGGCUAUAUACGAGGAGUGGUUGGUGAAGAACGGAAAGGCCCAUAGCAACAACAACGCUUUGGGAGAGAAGGAGAGGAGGUUUCAGGUUUUUAAAGAUAAUUUAAGGUUUAUUGACGAACAUAACUCUGAGAAUCGGAGUUACAAGGUUGGGUUGAACCGGUUUGCUGAUCUGACCAACGAGGAGUACCGGUCUAUGUACUUGGGAGCACGAAGUGGUGCUAAAAGGAAUCGGUUGUCUAGAUCCUCUAAUCGUUACUUGCCACGUGUCGGAGAUUCGUUGCCGGAUUCCGUUGAUUGGAGGAAGGAAGGUGCUGUUGCUGAAGUCAAAGAUCAAGGAAGCUGUGGGAGUUGCUGGGCAUUCUCAACAAUUGCUGCUGUGGAAGGGAUCAACAAGAUUGUUACUGGUGACCUCAUCUCUUUAUCUGAACAAGAGUUGGUGGAUUGCGAUAGAUCUUAUAAUGAAGGAUGCAACGGUGGUCUCAUGGACUAUGCCUUUCAGUUCAUCAUCAACAAUGGUGGCAUUGAUUCUGAAGAAGAUUAUCCUUACCUCGCUCGUGAUGGCACAUGUGACACUUACAGGAAAAAUGCCAAAGUUGUUACAAUUGAUAAUUACGAAGAUGUUCCUGUUAACGAUGAGAAGGCAUUGCAAAAGGCAGUUGCAAAUCAGCCAGUGAGUGUUGCAAUUGAAGCUGGUGGCCGGGAAUUCCAGUUUUACCAAUCCGGUAUUUUUACCGGAAGAUGUGGGACGGCACUGGACCAUGGUGUUGCUGCUGUGGGUUAUGGCACUGAAAACGGAAAAGAUUAUUGGAUAGUCAGGAACUCAUGGGGUAAAAGCUGGGGAGAAAGUGGUUAUAUCAGGAUGGAGAGAAAUAUUGCCACUGCAACAGGAAAAUGUGGAAUUGCAAUUGAGCCCUCUUACCCUAUCAAGAAAGGCCAAAAUCCCCCAAACCCUGGUCCUUCUCCUCCAUCUCCAAUAAAGCCUCCAUCUGUCUGUGAUAGUUACUUUAGCUGCCCAGAGAGCACAACUUGUUGCUGCAUCUUCGAGUAUGCUAAAUAUUGCUUUGAAUGGGGAUGCUGCCCACUUGAGGGUGCUACCUGCUGUGAUGAUCACUAUAGUUGCUGCCCGCAUGACUAUCCCGUUUGCAACAUUAACGAAGGAACCUGCUUAAUAGGAAAGGACAACCCAUUCGGAGUGAAGGCAAUGAGGCGUACUCCUGCCAAGCCACAUUGGGCUUAUGGGCUUGAAGGCCGAAAGAAUAGUGCUUAGGCAAAAGUUAGGUCUUUGAGGCAGUAGAUGGUAGAAUGAAGAAGGGAUAGAAGUAUCACACCAGUUGCUAAUGCUGUCCUUCUUGGUUUCUACGAAGCUGCAUGUCUUCAUACCAGCAUUGAGAUGGAUGGUGCACUAAAGCUUAUUAGCCAGAUGCUGAAGGUGUAAAUAGCUUCUUCCUAAUUUAUGAUGUUGCAUUUUAAAAACAGAUUCCCUUGCACUAUCCAUUUGUAAAUGUAUCAUUUAGCAAAUAUGGCUUUCAUGAUUUGGUUUGUCACAAUUCCUAUGAUAUUCUGAAUUUGCAAAACAUCGAUGACAUUUA